GUCUGCUGGCAUUACUGUGCGGAUGGUAACAGGAGACAACAACAAAACACCGCGAAGGCAAUUGCCAGAGAAUGUGGAAUUCUCACUGAUAGUGGUAUAGCUAUUGAAGGCCCAAUAUUCAGGAUGAAAAGUGAGGAGGAGUUGUGUGAAAUUAUUCCAAAUCUUCAGGUAAUGGCUCGAUCUUCUCCAUUAGAUAAGCAUACACUCGUGAAACAUUUACGAACCACAUUUCAAGAAGUUGUUGCUGUGACGGGAGAUGGUACAAAUGAUGCUCCGGCACUCCAUGAAAGCAGAUAUUGGCCUUGCAAUGGGCAUUGCUGGGACGGAGGUGAUACUCCAAUGCUGCUUUAUUAUUGUCCAAGAAAUUAUUUUGUUCCAAACCUAGAUUCUUUGGUGGCUAAAGAGAGUGCUGAUGUCAUAAUUUUAGAUGAUAAUUUCUCCACAAUUCCAACUGUGGCGAAAUGGGGACGCUCAGUAUACGUAAACAUUCAGAAAUUUGUUCAGUUUCAGCUGACAGUGAAUAUUGUUGCCCUGAUUGUCAAUUUUUCUUCAGCCUGUUUAACAGGAAAUGCUCCCCUCACUGCGGUUCAGCUUCUAUGGGUCAAUAUGAUCAUGGAUACACUAGGAGCACUUGCACUUGCCACUGAACCUCCUAACAAUGACUUAAUGAAGCGGUUACCAGUUGGAAGGAAAGGGAACUUCAUUAGUAAUGUGAUGUGGAGGAACAUUUCAGGGCAAUCUUUAUAUCAGCUGAUAGUAAUAUGGUAUCUGCAGACAGCAGGAAAGGCAGUCUUUCAUAUCCAUGGCCCGGAUUCUGAUUUGAUUCUUAACACAAUCAUUUUUAACUCAUUCGUAUUUUGCCAGCUUUUCAACGAGAUCAGCUCAAGAGAUAUGGAGAAGAUAAAUGUCUUCAAGGGCAUACUGAAUAACUAUGUCUUUGUGGCUGUACUCAUUUCCACGGUCUUCUUCCAAAUUGUUAUUGUUGAAAUUCUGGGUACUUUUGCAAACACUUCCCCCCUCAGUUUACACCAGUGGUUUGCAAGCGUUUCCAUCGGAUUCCUUGGCAUGCCAAUUGCUGCUGCCGUUAAGAUGAUCCCGGUGGGAUCAACAUGA